AUGGAUCCGCAUGUGUUGGCGAGUCUGGACGAAAGCGGGUACCACAAUAUGCGGCAGAUUUCGACGUUACAACUCGAGAAAGCGUUGGAUAUGACGAAACAGAACGCGCUGAAGGCGAGUCUGAUGAUCGCCAACGACGCCGACCUUGAAUUCGACUUCGGUACGUGAAAACGGCCGAGAACGGGCGGUGAUUAUCGACUUUCCGGGCGGUUUUGCAGAUUUCGACGAGGACGAGGACCUGGAUCAGCCGCAAAUGGGCACGCGCGCCGACAAAUCACUCGGACUGCUCGCCAAACGGUUCAUCAAAAUGAUACAGUACUCGCCGUACGGACGGUGUGAUUUGAACACGGUAUCCGAGAGAUUCACAGGGAAAAUAUCUGGAUUUUAUAUCUUGAUUUUCAGGCCGCCGAAGCGUUAAAUGUACGACAAAAGCGACGAAUUUACGAUAUCACGAACGUUUUGGAGGGCAUCGGGCUGAUUGAAAAGCGGAGCAAGAAUAUGAUUCAAUGGAAGUACGGGAAUUCGAAUUUCGGGCAAAAUUUUUGAAAUUUUUGUUCAGAGGCGGCGAUUUUAUGUUGAACAUGAAGGACGGAAAGCGGCAAACGGCGACGACCGAAGAAGAGCAGCGGAUGGAACAUUUGAAGGCGGAAAUCGAAAAAUUGGGGAAGGAGGAGGAGCACAUCGAGCAGCAUCAGCGGUGGAUUUCACAAGUUUGAACCGGGGAAUCUUCAAAAAAGGCAAAACAUUUAUAUUUUUCAGUCUUUGCGAAACGCAAUCGAGUCCUCGGAUGCGAAUCAAGUGAGCUACGUGCUCCGCUCCCAACUUUCCGAUAAUUUCGGCAGCGAUCUCACGAUCGGACUCCAAUCCCGUCUGGGAACGCAAAUUAAGACCAGCGAUCCGGAGGUAUUUAAUUACGUUUAA